CGUGUCAGCUGCCUGGGCUGCCUUAAACCCACCAGGCAGCCCAGCCCUGCGGGGGCUUCCUCCCCAGCUGAGCAGCCAUGGCCAGACCCCAGCAGGGCCCCCGGCUGCUGCUGGCCAUCGUAGGGGCCCUGGUGGCCCUCAGCUACCAAACAAAGAAGAAGAGCUUCAUCCACGUCCAGGAGCUGCCCGUGUCAGAUCCUUUCGUGGUCACCACCCUGGAUUUUGUGAGUAAGGAGUUCAACAAGAAGAGUGAGGACAAGUACAAUUUCCGGAUCGUGCGUGUCCUUAAGGCCGUGCAAGUGCUGACCAACCACUUAGAGUACCGCCUGAACCUGGAGAUGCAGAGGACCGUCUGCCCCAAGGCAGAGAGGAACAACUGCACCUUCCAGGAAGGGGAGCUGUACAAGAAGAAUGAACAGGAGCAUGAAGCCAUGACCCCCUGA